AUGAAGCCUGCGAAAUUACUAGACGGCCACGGAAGUCUCUACAAAGAAGUACGCUUCUCUCCGACCCAAACACCCAUCCGUCGCACAAAAUCCGUUUCAGCCACAUUUCCUCCUGUCAUCUCAGGCUACGGCCGAACCGCAUUCCAAGACACAGCAUUGGCGAAUUCGUUCGCCAUGGAUACUUCCUAUAUCGACCAAUCGCGAGCGCUUCUUCAGAGUCAACGGGUGAACUUCGAGACGGAGAGGGAAUUGUUUGCGCAGGAGCGACAGUUGUGGGAGAAAGAGCGGGCGCUAUUACGAUCGAAAAUUGCCGAGCUGGAGGUGUUUGUGCGAAGCCAAGGGAGCAGAACAAAUCAAUUAGGAUCGGAAGCGGCCAAACUUGUGCUUGCAGGUGGAAUAUCGCAGUAUAGCACAAAUGGCUUCGCAGCUCAAGUGUGGGAGGGGACAAGUCCAGGCAAUCGGCCAACGAGGGUGUUCUUCGAUCAUGAAUCUCCAGACCAAAGCUAUCUAUCGACAAUAUCCGAAAGUGGGAAUCAGCCCUCCCUUGAUCGGGCCCUUUCGCCCCAGUCGCGACCAGUAGACCCCUCUGGAGCGCCUGUGAGUCAGCCAGUGCCGAUUGAAAAGCUUGACAGCACCCUGGAUGGUAUCACGCUCAAGUCCACGGCGCUACCACCUUCCGUGGUGGCUCGAGUGAUCACCCCGCCCUCCCCGUCGUCCCUGGUGACCCCCCCUGGAACCGCCCCUUCAACCGCUGCAAGGCCUCAAAUGGAACAUCGAAACAGUCUCAAACUGAAGCUGUCAGAGCUCGGCCCGCCCAAUGAGAAUUUGCACCGCCAUGCAGGUCACACCCCGAUGGCGAUCAUCGACCCUGAAAGUCAAUGGACCACCCAGGAGGGGACUCCCCUCGAGGUUGCCUCCCAGAGUGAGGAGGCCCCUCUCGCGCCCGUGGCAACGAACGUUCAUCAACCCUCUGAAAAUAAGAUCUCCUACUUUCCGGAUGUGCCAGACGACCCCGCUCUCAAGGGGCCCCUCGGUCUGAUUAAUGAUGAGGAGCAUGACUCUAAUUUUUUGAAUGAACUGGAUCAGAAACUCCUUAUCCAAGCGAAAAAUAUUAUAGGCAGUUCGGUUGAAUCGGCUGAUCCCAAUGAGUCUGGUUCUGAGUCUGAGUUCCCUCGCCAAGACGAAAAAGAACCUGAAAUCAAGUUCAAGAAAUCGACUAAUUUUGGCACUGCAUUUGGAAUAUCGAACUCGGGUUAA